CGUCGUCGUUCAUUGUCCAAAACCCGUCGCUAAACCUUGUUAAUUUUUUUAAAAUUUUUUUAAUAUUUUUCGUGGUGGGCUCGGAAAUUUUAGGGCUCGCGAUUUUUUAAAUGCUAGUGGUGGGUCAAAGUGCUCGGGAAUAAUAUUAAACUGCUCGGUAUACUAUAUGACUAUGUGGUGGAGCUUUAUAAAGGUCAAAUUAACACAAGGAUAAAACGGUAAUUUCACAUUUAUAUAAGAGCGUCACUAUGUAAAUUAGGAGCGUUGAAUCCAGUUCACUUCCAAAUUUACGAGUUUAAAUUAGUUGGAAGUCUUGUUGUAAGUUUGACACGGAGUAUAAUAUAACCCAGAAAAAUUAGAAAUGUUGUUGAAACUUGUGCAGAUGAUGAUAGCUUCUUCUUCAUCAUCUUCUUUCUUACUGGCAAAUCGAAUUAAAUUUCCACAACCUAGAUUUCCCAUCAUCUCAUUGUCGAAUUCUACAUCCAUUUUAUCAACUUCGAAGAUUCACUGUGUCAAAUCGUUUCGGAUGUCAUCAACUCGGAGCGACUCAAAUUUAACUGCUUCUUCCUCUUCUUCAUCUUCCGAUUCUUUGAUUUCUUCGGGAAAUGUUCGUAAAGUCAAUUUCUGUCAAUGGUGUGGAGGCUCAACAAAGCAUGAUAUACCUGAUGGGGAUGAGAAGAUGAGAGCAAUUUGCACCGUUUGUGGAAAAAUUGACUAUCAGAAUCCUAAAAUGGUUGUAGGGUGCCUCAUUGAGCAUGAGAAUAAGAUCCUACUUUGCAAGCGGAAUAUUCAACCUUCUUAUGGUCGGUGGACUCUUCCUGCUGGUUUCAUGGAAAUGGGCGAGUCUGCUGCAGAAGGUGCUAUUAGGGAGACCCAAGAAGAAGCGGGUGCUGAAGUUGAAGUUUUGUCACCAUUUGCUCAAUUAGACAUUCCACUUAUUGGUCAAACCUACAUCAUAUUUUUGGCCAAGCUGAAGAAGCCACAUUUUUCUCCUGGUCCUGAAUCAAUUGAGUGCAAACUAUUUGAACUUAGUGAAAUACCUUUUGAUUCUCUGGCAUUUUCAUCAAUGCUUGUUACUCUUAAACUGUACAUAGAAGAUAUGAGAGCUGGCAAACCCAAGUUCCAUUAUGGUACAAUUAAUAAAAGACCUGGAACCAGCCCUUCUGAUAUACAUGCCUUCACUCUUGAUUAUCAUCUAAAGUUGUGACAUUAAGUGAUAUCUGAAAAUAUGUGAAGCUCAAGUAGCCUGACUUGGCACUCAUCUGGGAUAUAUGUUUUAGUCAUUUGGAGUGCUCAAGUCCUCCCUUUUCUUCAUAGGCAAGUCUGUAAUUAGAUAUUACAUGUUUCGUCACAGCAAAGACAGAUGUAUGCUGCAGCUUAGUCAUAAAUUCUUUGGGAGAGAUUACUGGUCAGCAAUUCUGGCGUUCUGAAUGAUCUAUGGCUAGGGUGCGAUUCUUAGAAUCUCUUGUUAAGUGUAGACUUCCCAAAGUUGUUUCAAUCUUUUGUGAUGCUGAUAGAUUGAUGGAAAUUGGAUAGGUGUUCGUUUGGGAUGCUAAUUCAUUCCCAAGUAAAUUCUUCAAUAGAACUGAUACUGUCAUCUUGUACUGUAAAUAUGUAAUAUAUACCUUUGUGGGCUUUGACAUUGUCUGUGAUGAUUCUGGUGGUUUGAAUUUUAUUUAUUAUUGAUCAAGUCAGCAUGGAAACAAAGUUUAGUUUUAUA